AUGGGCAAGUACACGAUCCGCGUGGCCACCAGGGACUCCCUCCUAGCGUGUUCCUGCAACCAGGUGCAGCUGGGGCUGGUGGGCGAGCACCGGGAGGCCGACCUGGGGAAGAAGCUGCGGCCGCUGUGCCGCGAGACGGAGUUCGGAGUCCGCGUCCGGGUCCACCUGGGGCGCCACCUGUUGGUGAAGCUGCGCAAGCACAAAGACCUGAGAGACUCCGACUGGUUCUGCCCCUGGAUCUCAGUGCGCGGCCCCGGGAUCCACGGCGAGGCCUUUUCCCCCUGCUACAGCUUGCAGGGCAACCGGGUCAUCUGCCUGCCCGAGGGCACUGCAGCCCGGACCGUGAGCAACGACCAGAACCUGUUUAAGACGCAUCGGGAACAGGAACUCCAGGAAAGGAAGACGGUGUACCGGUGGGGCUCCUGGAAAGACGGGUUAAUCCUGCCUGUAGCGGGGAGAACGCCGUCGGACCUUCCCAGGAAUGAGAGAUUCCACGAGGAUAAGGAUCUCGACUUCUCUUUCUCGCUCGCAAGAGCGCUGGAGGGCUUGGUCCUCAAGGGGACACUGGACCUCACAAAUCCAGUUAAAAGACUCGAAGAUUUCCAAAGAAUAUUCCCGCGUGCAAAGACUGCUCUGGCUGAGCGGGUUCGAAAUUCCUGGAAGGAUGACACCCUCUUUGGGUACCAGUUCCUCAACGGUGCAAACCCCAUGCUCCUGAGGCGGUCCGCCAGCCUCCCAGCCCGGCUGGUGCUGCCUCCAGGGAUGGAGGACUUGAAGACCCAGCUGGAGAAAGAACUCCAGGCUGGAUCUCUGUUUGAAGCCGAUUUCUCCCUCCUAGAGGGGGUCAAGCCUAAUGUCAUCAUCUUGAAACAACAAUAUGUGGCCGCCCCUCUGGUCAUGCUGAAGCUCCAGCCUGACGGACAACUCUUACCCAUGGUCAUCCAGCUGCAGCCUCCUUAUCAUGGAUGCCCCCCACCCAUGCUGUUCCUGCCCUCCGAUCCCCCUCUGGCCUGGCUGCUGGCCAAGACCUGGGUCCGUAGCUCUGAUUUCCAGCUGCACCAGUUACAGUCACACCUCCUGAGGGGACACCUGAUGGCUGAGGUUAUUUCUGUGGCCACAAUGAGGACCCUGCCCAGCCUGCAUCCCAUCUACAAGCUCCUGAUCCCUCACUUCCGCUACACCAUGGAGAUCAACAUCCUGGCCCGGAGUAAUCUUGUCUCCAAAUGGGGCAUUUUUGAUCUGGUGGUGAGCACCGGUAGUGGAGGCCAUGUGAACAUUCUCCAGAGAGCCACCACUUGCUUGACCUACCGUUCCCUCUGCCCUCCUGAUGACCUGGCUGACCGUGGGCUCUUGGAUGUGAGGUCUUCCCUCUAUGGCCAAGAUGCCCUCAGGCUGUGGGGAAUCAUCAGCCGGUACGUGGAGGGCAUGGUCGGUCUUUUCUACAAGAGUGAUGAGGCUGUGAGGGAUGAUCCGGAGCUGCAGGCUUGGUGCAGAGAGAUCACUGAGACCGGGCUGCAGGGUGCCCAGGACCGGGGGUUCCCUGUCUCCUUAGACUCCCGGGCUCAGCUCAGGCACUUUGCCUCCAUGUGCAUCUUCACAUGCACUGGUCAGCAUGCUUCUGCCCACCUGGGCCAGCUGGACUGGUACUCCUGGAUCCCCAAUGGCCCGUGCACCAUGCGGAAGCCCCCGCCCACCUCCAAGGAUGUGACAGAGAAGGACAUAGUGGACUCACUGCCCACUGCCCACCAAGCCCGUAUGCAGAAGACCUUCACAAAGUUCCUUGGCAGACGCCAGCCCGUCAUGGUGGCCUUGGGGCAGCACAAGGAGAACUAUUUCUCGGGCCCUGGCCCCCAAGCUGUUCUGGAGAAAUUCCGGGAGGAACUGGCUGCCUUGGACCAGGAGAUAGAGGUCCGCAGUGCAGGCCUGGACCUGCCCUAUGAGUACUUUCGCCCCACCAUGGUGGAGAACAGUGUGACCAUCUGA